AUGACAUUGACCGUGCUAGGCGAACGACAGCUGAUCGAAAAACUUGUUGCAAAAAAUAGGGAUAUAAUUGAGCCCAACCCUUGCGGUAUGCAAUAAAUUAAAAUGACUACUUCCAAAGGUUACGAUAUUGUUCACAUAGCCGCUAUAUGGGACAAUGCAAAAUUAAUAAAAGCCUUAUAUUUCUGUGGGGUUGAUUUAAAGUGUCGUACAUCGCUUGGUGAAGAUGCUGUGAAUUUAGCAAAGAGAUACCACAGCGAAGACGCUAUAAAAAUGUUUACUUGGAUAGGUAUGCGUAAUAUUUUAACGUCUACACGCGAAGAGCUCAGAGAGAGUUUUGUGGCACUCAUACAACAGGCCAGGAAUAUUUUAAAAUCGGCAGACAAAAUGGGGAUCAAAUUAACUAAAGAAGAAAGGGUAGUGGUCGUUUCCUCAGUCUUACUUUUUUUCAGCGAUCGGCCGAGGCAGCAUGCACCGAAAAGGAAAACUGGCUUAAUCUUUCGGUUAAUCGCUCUUUGGAAGAACUUAAAGCUAAAAAGGAACACCUAGAAUUAAUUGUGGAGCCCAUAUUUGUUAAAUUUGACGAGGAAGUCUGA